AUGGUGUUAACGCGAUCACGUGCUGCGAGUCCCGCAUCUGCCGCGGCUGGCGUUUCGCCUGAGGGCGUAGUGCCGCCGUUGUUCCCGGCAGAGAGCGCGCCGGAGUCGACGCCGCGCGACCUGGAGGCCGCGCCGGCGCCACCACCGGCUGUAUCGAGUGACAGUGACGCUGUUAUUGCGGAUCAGGGUCACGCCCUGCCGCUGCCGCCAUCUGCAAAUCCUGCUGCGGCACCAAUCACCAUGACCACAGAGCAGCUGCUGCUGUUGAUAAACAGGCUAAGUCCCGCAGUUCCUCACCGCGGUCAAAUCACGCCACCUCUCGGAUUGGACAGGCUCCGGGGACGUCCCGACAAUCCGCCCGACUGCGUGCCCGUCGGAAUUCCCCCGCACCACCAGUUAGCCGCGAGCCAUUACACGAGUAGCACGCGCGUGCGCAUCCUGUCGGGACGCCGUCGAGCCCUAAUUAGUUUAACG